AUGCCUGCAGACUCUCCCGUUGAAACAGAUAUCAUUACCCUCACCCGCUUCAUUCUUCAACAACAACAAAUUGUUGGAGGAAAGGCUACUGGUGACUUUACCAUUCUCCUCAAUACUCUUCAAUUCGCUUUCAAGGCCAUUGCUUAUAACAUUCGUCGGUCUACUCUCAUUAACCUGGUGGGUCUUUCUGGUACUGCAAAUUCAACAGGUGAUGACCAAAAGAAACUUGAUGUUAUUGGUGAUGAAAUCUUCAUCAAUGCUAUGAAGGCCUCAGGUAAAGUUAAAAUCUUAGUCUCUGAAGAACAAGAAGACCUCAUUGUAUUUGAUGGAGAUGGGAAAUAUGCCGUUGUUUGUGACCCCAUCGAUGGCUCAUCAAACCUCGACGCAGGCGUCUCGGUCGGAACUAUCUUUGGCGUCUAUAAGCUGGCUGAAGGCUCCCAUGGUUCAAUCAAAGAUGUUUUACGUCCAGGUAAAGAACUUGUUGCUGCCGGUUACACCAUGUACGGAGCUUCUGCAAACCUCGUCAUCACUACAGGCAAUGGCCUUAAUGGAUUUACUCUCGAUAAUGCUUUGGGUGAAUUCAUUCUAACACACCCUGACUUGGUUCUUCCUAAAAAACGUUCCAUCUAUUCAGUUAAUGAAGGUAACUCCAUCUAUUGGCCUUCUGGUACUAUCAAGUUCUUUGAAUCUAUCAAGUUCCCCAAGGCAGAAGGUGCCAAACCUUACUCUGCUCGUUAUAUUGGUUCCAUGGUUGCCGAUGUUCACCGUACUAUUCUUUAUGGUGGUUUGUUUGCUUACCCAGCUGAUAAAAAGUCUAAGAAGGGUAAGCUGCGUCUUCUUUAUGAAGGUUUCCCUAUGGCCAUGGUCAUUGAACAGGCAGGUGGUAAGGCUAUCAAUGAUAAGGGUGAACGUAUUCUUGAUCUUGUUCCUACUGAAAUUCAUGAGCGUAGUGGUAUCUGGCUGGGUUCUACUGAUGAGGUUGCUCAGGCGGCCGAAUUUCUUAAGACCAAUGAGGCCUUUUAA